UCUCUCUCCCGCUCUGUAACCAAACCAAUUUCUUCUCUUCUUUUCUUUCCAUUUCUCUCUCUUAACUAUUUUGAUAUAUAAGCGUGAGUGGAGAAUUUUGUGUAAGAGAAACAAAAAGCAAUCUCUUGGUUUUGUUCAUAUCAAAGAUUUGGGAUUCUUCUUUGAAAGUUUUCAAGAAAAGGUUCUUGAGAUCGCCAUCUAUAUAAACCACAGACAAAGAAACAAGGAUUCAUGGAAAUGGUUUUCAUGUGUGAGAUUAUGUUUGCAGAGGAAGAGAUGGUUGAAGAUGGAGAGUGGGAGAAAGAGAGAUAAUAUUCAAAAUCCCCAGUAGCAGCAGUAUUUAUAAGAGGAAUCCAUAUUUUUAUAUACACCUUUCUUUAUACUCAUCAACUUCUGUUUCAUCUGCUUCUGCUGGGAAAUGUCUGCUACUAUAAUCAGUGAUCCUAUGGUGGUAUCAACCCCGGAAACCCAACCAGCUGCUGCAGCUGCAACAUCAGCUAAACUAAUUGCAGGCCAAACAGAAGUGGAGUUUGCCAAAUGUGAUUGCUGUGGUCUAACAGAGGAGUGCACCCCAGGUUACAUUGAAAGAGUAAGGGAGAGAUACCAUGGCAAAUGGAUUUGUGGGCUAUGUGCAGAAGCUGUAAAAGAUGAGAUUGUGAGGGCUACAGAGAGGCUUAUCAGCACAGAAGAAGCCAUGGCUAGGCACAUGAACUUUUGCAAGAAAUUUGUGUCUUCUUGCCCUCCUCCUGACCCAACUAUGCAUUUGAUAUCUGCUAUGAGGCAGAUUCUUAGAAAAAGUUUGGAUUCUCCAAGAGGAUUGAGAUCAACCCCAUCUAGUCCUACCAAUUCUAAUGAACAAAUCAGAGCUGCUGGGCUUACUAGGUCUGAAAGUUGCUUCCCUACUUUGUCUGGUUGAUACAUGUGGACUAUUGGGGGAUCAAUAAAAAAUCACAGAAGGGACAAUGCUGGAGAAAUACAGUUCCUUUGGUACAAAUAAGAAAGAGGGGAAGGGGCAAAAAAAGGAAAAAGAAGGGGAAAAUUUGGAGUUUAGGUGCUUAAUGUAGUUAUUUAGAUGUUAUACAUCAGAAUAUGAAAUCCCAUUUUUCCUGAGACUUAAAGUUUCAGUUGUAUUUGUAAAGCUGUCUUCUUUAAAUUGUUGCUUUUCUGUUUACUAAGUUAUAUAAAAAAAAAUUGUCUCAAUGUCCAAUUGUGAUUGGGCUAGUUGCU